CCCGUCGGGGGAGGGCUGAGGGGAGGCGGGGCCGGCGCGGCAGGACCCGGAGCCUCCGGCAGCGCGUCGGGCACCUGGGAGCCGACUGCAGCCGCUUAGUGAGCAAUGGCCUGAGCCCCCAUGGCUGCCCCUCAGGACCUGGACAUCGCUGUGUGGCUGGCCACGGUGCACCUGGAGCAGUAUGCAGACGUGUUCCGGCGGCAUGGCCUGGCUACAGCGGGUGCAGCCCGGGGCCUGGGCCACGAGGAACUGAGAAAAUUGGGCAUCAACGCCACAGGGCAUCGGAAACGCAUUCUGCGCCUGCUGCAGGCAGGCACGGCAGAGGGCUCCCCGGAUCCCCAACUGGAAAGCGCCAUGGAGCCAUCGCCCAGCCCAGCCCCCCAAGCACAGCCCCCAAAGCCUGUGCCUAAGCCCAGGACGGUAUUUGGUGGGCUCAGUGGCUCCACCACCACCCAGAGGCCUGGGUUGAGUCCAGCUCUCUGGAGACCAGAAGCAUCCAAGAGCCCAGAGCCCAGCCCGAGGUCCCCUCCUGUCCCUCAGAGGUCCUCCUCUGAGCAGCCUUCAGCCUUGAAUACUGUGGAGAUGAUGCCCAAUGCCAUCUACUUCGGCUUGGACUUAAGAGGCGGGGCACAGACAGCUCAGGACAUGGCCCCAGACAGCUCCCAGACAACUGCCCCCACUCCCGCCCUCAGGCCUGCAACGGGCACAGUGCACAUCAUGGACCCUGGUUGCCUGUACUAUGGUGUCCAGCCUGUGGGGGUUCCAGGGGUCCCCGACAGAAGAGAAGGCAGAGUUAUCUGUCAGGAAAGGGCUGAACACAGGCUCAGCAGGCAGGAUCUGGAGGCACGAGAGGAUGCUGGCUAUGCCAGCCUUGAGCUGCCGGGGGAUUCCACCCUCUCACUGCCCGCCCUGGACACGGAGACCAACGAUGACCUCAUUUCACCCUAUGCCAGCUUCUCCUCCACGGCAGACCGCCCCACGCCCCUGCUCAGUGGCUGGCUAGACAAGCUCUCCCCUCAGGGAAACUACGUCUUCCAGAGGCGCUUUGUGCAGUUCAAUGGGAGGAGUCUGAUGUACUUUGGCAGUGAUAAGGACCCCUUCCCCAAGGGUGUGAUCCCUCUGACAGCCAUCGAGAUGACCCGCAGCAGCAAGGACAACAAGUUCCAGGUCAUCACCUGCCAGAGGGUGUUCGUGUUCCGCACAGAGAGCGAGGCUCAGCGGGACACGUGGUGCUCCACGGUGCAAUCCUGCUUGAAGGAGCAGCGCCUCCUGGGCCACCCCCGGCCCCCGCAGCCACCCCGACCCCUUCGCACGGGCAUGCUGGAGCUGCGUGGGCACAAGGCCAAGGUGUUUGCUGCGCUGAGCCCCGGAGAGCUGGCCCUGUACAAGAGUGAGCAGGCCUUCUCUCUGGGCAUCGGGAUCUGCUUCAUUGAACUGCAAGGCUGCAGUGUCCGGGAGACCAAGAGUCGCAGCUUCGACCUGCUCACACCGCAUCGCUGCUUCAGCUUCACAGCCGAGUCUGGGGGGGCUCGGCAGAGCUGGGCGGCCGCUCUGCAGGAAGCAGUAACCGAGACCCUGUCUGACUACGAGGUGGCUGAGAAGAUCUGGUCCAAUCGGGCAAACCGGCACUGUGCGGACUGUGAGGCCUCCCGCCCGGACUGGGCCGCGGUCAACCUGGGGGUGGUCAUCUGCAAGCAGUGCGCAGGUCAGCACCGGGCCCUGGGUUCUGGGAUCUCCAAGGUGCAGAGCCUGAAGCUGGACACAAGUGUCUGGAGUAAUGAGAUAGUGCAGUUGUUCAUUGUCCUGGGAAAUGAUCGUGCCAACCGCUUCUGGGCAGGGGCACUACCCCCAGGUGAAGGGCUGCAUCCAGAUACCACCCCUGGCCCUCGGGGAGAGUUCAUCUCCCGGAAGUACCGGCUAGGUCUCUUCCGGAAACCCCACCCUCAGUAUCCAGAUCAUAACCAGCUUCUCCAGGCACUAUGUGCAGCUGUGGCAGGACCCAACCUGCUAAAGAACAUGACCCAGCUGCUCUGUGUCGAGGCUUUUGAAGGAGAGGAGCCCUGGUCCCCCCCAGCCCUCGAUGGCAGCUUCCCUGGUCUCCUGCCCGCAGACCCCUCCCCUGGCGUGUAUAAUGAGGUGGUGGUGCCUGCCACUUACAGCAGCUUCCUGUACUGUGGUCCCAUUAGCAACAAAGCUGGACCGCCACCCCCUCGCAGGGGCCGAGAUGCUCCCCCACGACUGUGGUGCGUGCUGGGUGCGGCUCUGGAAAUGUUUGUGUCAGAAAGCAGCCCUGAACCCCUCAACCUCAUCCAGCCCCAGGAUGUCGUAUGUCUGGGUGUGAACCCCCCACCCACUGACCCAAGUGACCUCGACAGACCUCAUCUUCUCUCCAGGUUCCCCUUUUCCUUUGAGCUCAUCCUCACUGGGGGGAGGAUCCAGCAUUUUGGCACAGAUGGAGCUGACAGUCUGGAGGCCUGGACCAGCGCCGUGGGCAAGUGGUUCUCCCCACUGAGCUGUCACCAGCUGCUGGGCCCUGGGCUGCUGCGGCUGGGCCGCCUGUGGCUGCGGUCCCCUUCCCAUACUGCCCUGGCCCCUGGCCUCUGGCUGUCUGGGUUCGGACUUCUUCGUGGAGAUCACCUCUUCCUGUGCCCAGCAUCGGGCCCUGGCCCCCCAGCCCCCGAGGACAUGGUUCAUCUGCGCCGGCUACAGGAGAUCAGUGUGGUCUCAGCCACUGACACCCCAGACAAGAAAGAGCAUUUGGUUCUGGUGGAGACAGGAAGGACACUGUAUCUGCAGGCAGAGGGCCGGCUAGACUUCUCAGCAUGGAAUGCGGCCAUUGCCGGGGCAGCCGGCGGGGGAGGCACAGGGCUGCAGGAGCAGCAGAUGAGCCGGGGUGACAUCCCCAUCAUUGUGGAUGCCUGCAUCAGUUUUGUCACUCAGCAUGGGCUCCGGCUGGAGGGCGUAUACCGGAAAGGGGGUGCCCGCGCCCGCAGCCUGCGGCUCCUGGCUGAGUUUCGGCGGGAUGCCCGGUCAGUGAAGCUCCGACCAGGGGAGCACUUUGUGGAGGAUGUCACCGACACGCUCAAACGCUUCUUUCGAGAGCUUGAUGACCCUGUGACCUCUGCUCGGUUGCUGCCUCGCUGGAGGGAGGCUGCCGAGCUGCCCCAGAAGAACCAGCGCCUGGAGAAAUACAAAGAAGUGAUUGGCUGCCUGCCACGGGUCAACCGCCGCACGCUGGCCACCCUCAUUGGGCAUCUCUAUCGGGUGCAAAAGUGUGCGGCUCUAAACCAGAUGUGCACGCGGAACCUGGCCCUGCUAUUUGCACCCAGCGUGUUCCAGACGGAUGGGCGGGGGGAGCACGAGGUGCGGGUGCUGCAGGAACUCAUCGACGGCUACAUCUCUGUGUUUGAUAUCGACCCUGACCAGGUAGCUCAGAUUGACUUGGAGGUCAGUCUUAUCACCACUUGGAAGGAUGUGCAGCUGUCCCAGGCCGGAGACCUCAUCAUGGAGGUUUUUAUAGAGCAGCAGCUCCCAGACAACUGUGUCACCCUGAAGGUGUCCCCGACACUGACUGCCGAGGAGCUGACUAACCAGGUACUGGAGAUUCGGGGGACGGCAGCCGGGAUGGACUUGUGGGUGACGUUUGAGAUUCGAGAGCGUGGGGAGCUUGAGCGGCCACUGCACCCCAAGGAAAGGGUCCUAGAGCAGGCCCUACAAUGGUGCCAGCUCCCAGAGCCCUGCUCGGCCUCCCUGCUCUUGAGAAAAGUCUCCCUGGCCCAUGCCGGCUGCCUCUUCACAGGUAUCCGGCGUGAGAGCCCACGGGUCGGCCUGUUGCGGUGUCGGGAAGAACCGCCCCGCUUGCUGGGAAACCGCUUCCAGGAGAGAUUCUUUCUGCUGCGUGGCCGCUGCCUGCUGCUGCUCAAGGAGAAGAAGAGCUCUAAACCAGAACGGGAGUGGCCUUUGGAAGGUGCCAAGGUCUACCUGGGAAUCCGCAAGAAGUUCAAGCCUCCCACCCUGUGGGGCUUCACGCUGAUCCUGGAGAAGAUGCACCUCUACCUGUCCUGCACAGACGAGGAUGAGAUGUGGGACUGGGCCACCAGCAUCCUCAAAGCCCAGCACGAUGACCAGCAGCCAGUGGUCUUACGACGCCGUUCCUCCUCUGACCUCGCCCGUCAGAAGUUUGGCACCAUGCCUUUGCUGCCCAUCCGUGGGGAUGACAGUGGGGCCACCCUCCUCUCUGCCAAUCAGACCCUGCGGCGACUUCACAACCGGAGGACCCUGUCCAUGUUCUUUCCGAUGAAGUCAUCCCAGGGGUCUGUGGAGGAGCAAGAGGAACUGGAGGAGCCUGUGUACGAGGAGCCGGUGUAUGAGGAAGUGGGGGCCUUCCCCGAGCUGACUGAAGACACCUCCACCUCAUUCUCCAUCACGCCAGAGCGGACAGCCAAGCCAGAGACCCCACUGGCCAGCCAGAGGUCCUUUGAUCAAUCUCCUCUGUCCAAAGCAGGCCCCCUGGGCUGGGAGGAGAAACCACCUGAGCCCCCUCCAGGGCCCCCUUCAAAGAGCAGCCCCCAGUCACAUGGGUCCCUGGAGGAGCAGCUGCUCCAGGAGCUCAGCAGCCUCAUCCUGAGGAAAGGAGAGACCACCGUAGGCCUGGGCAGCCCCUCUCAGCCCUCCAGCCCCCAGCCCCCGAGCCCCAGUGGCCUUCCGACACAGACGCCUGGCUUCCCCACCCAAGCUCCCUGCACUUCCAGUUCACCCCCCAGCCAGCCCCUCACAUGACCCUGGGACCAGCAGUCUGAGGGGUAGGUAACCAAAGACCCAAGCUCUCCCCAUGGCAGACACUGCUGGAAGCAUCCUUUGCCCUGGUUGAUAAGACUCUAGAAUCCAGUAUGGUGCUGUGGAAGGAGCACGGGGCCGAGAGCUCCCAAGGCUGCGUCUUGCUCAGAGAGAGGCAGGUCAUGGUGCCUCUCUGGGCCUCCGCUGACUUACCUGUACCAUGAAGUAACUGAAAUAAGGAGAAUGGUGAAUCUCAAACUGUUUCUCAGAGCUGUAAGCCCCACAUAGUUUCCCUCGAGAAGGGCAACUUCCGCUUUGUGUAUUUGAUAUGUAGGAGUUCUGUGAGAGAUUUUGGGUUUGAAAAGAAUGGUUUUAUGCAGUAACAAAAAAAAGAUUUGGAAGGCACAGAUUUGAAUGAUCUCCAAGUUUAUCCUACCCCACCUUCAACAUUCAGAGACUACAGUGAAGCCCCAGAGUGGGGAGGUUGAUUAGGGCUGGGAACUGGGGCAAAGAGGAGCCAAAAAGGAUGGGUCACUGUUAAUAAACCUUGGAACAAAAA